AUGUCCAGACUCGCUUCUCUUUUCAUUGCCCUUGCGAGCUGCAGCCGCCUUGAUCUUACGAUGGAAAUCAGUGAAAACAGUGGAGACUCUUCGAGUGUACUUACUUCCUUCAAACUAUCAGGGGCAGAAAUUCGUAAAUUAACGCGACGUGAACGCCACAAAGAGGGACUAAGAAGGGGGAAACGCAUGUACCGCGAACCAGCAAAGAAUGAAUCGGGAAAUUAUGAUGGAAUCUGCAAACCGGACAGGCAGAGCCUCAACGACAACGAACUGAAGAAGUUUCUCUGCGAUCAUCACUUUCAUUCGAUAAAAACCUUCAUCAAAAAUGCUUACUUCUACUCUGACGCAGAGAAACCCGACUGUGAAAAAAACCUUAUGAUCCUGAAGGGAACAUCGAGAGAAAUUCCAACCAGAUGUAAAAUGGAAACCAAACGCUCGUUUCAUACUGAUAAUAGCUGUCUGAGCGCUGGUUCUUCGCACUGCUCAACUCCUGAGAUCAAUAGGUUGUGCGAUCACGUGGCACAUUUCUGGGAGCGACACGUCCCAACCACGAACUGGGGAAAUUUCGUAGUUCACCCCAAGGAGUCUUGCAAGCCGAGUGACUCUGUAAAGGACGUGAAGGAUCGAAUGAGCCAAAGAGCAAGUUGCUGCAAGCGAAAAAUGCAGUCGAAUCCGAUUCUUAAUUGCAAGGAGAUUGAAAUCCGCGAAGAUUACCAUCACAACGAAGAACCUGGGAACACAUUCACGACAAAAGUUGAAUUCGUUUAUAUUGUAAAAGAACACAGUACACACUCAGGGACGAAGAAACUGUUUACGAUAAAGAUAAAAAGUCAUGGACUAUGUGCGGCAACGUUAGUUUAG